ACAUACCUACAAUCAAAUCAUUCUUUAACCCACCAAAGACUAAUAUGGGACAACUCACAUAUGCUUUCCAAAUCACUAUGAUAUCAACCGUACUAAUUAUAAUUAUGGGUUCACUAAACUUGGUUAAGGGUCAAAUUACUACACCAUGCACAACAUCAAUGAUAACCAAUUUCACACCAUGUGCAAACUUCAUCACAGGAAGUUCAAGUAAUGGAUUAGCACCAUCAUCUUCAUGUUGUGAUUCACUAAGGUCUUUGAUGAGUAAUAGUAUAGAUUGUGCUUGCCUUGUGAUUUCAGCCAAUGCUCCAAUCCCAUUACCUAUUAACAGUGUUCUUGCCCUUUUUCUUCCACAAGCAUGCAACAUCAAUGAACUUCCUUUACAGUGCAAAGCUUCUGGCUCUCCUAUACCAGCUCCAGGUCCAGCAAUGCUUGGAUCAAAUGACCAAUCACUUCCUCCAAUAGCUGAAUCUCCACUCAGCCCACAAGCUUCUGAGGCACCCAAUUCUGAUACUUCACAACCAACAUUGGCACCACUAGAAGCAAAAUCAAAACCAUUCAAGAAGAAUAAGAACUCAAGAAAACUCCAGGAAUACAGCUACCAUUAAUAAUAAUAAUAAUAAUAAUAACAAUAAUAAUAAUAAUAAUAAACAACAAAUGGAUUCCUAUUAUUAUUGUAUUGUUUUAUCUUGUUGGUCAUCUUUGGCAUUUG